AUGUCACGAGACAACAGCAUAGAUUACCUUGACGAUUCGCAGAUCCCGCCGUUGGCGCUCUUUCCACUCGAAGAGGCUAUCGAUACGCAGAUGUUACAAAAUUCCAAUACUACAAUCGCAUUCAGCACACAUAAUAAUGACAGUUUCAAUACAAGCUUAGAAUAUGCGCUCUACGAGAACUGUCCCACCAAUGGGGACUCUAUCGGUCAUAUACUCAACUUCGCGCUCUACGUAAUUGUUUGCGUUGUCGGCCUAUUCGGCAAUACGCUCGUGAUUCAUGUUGUACUGCGUUAUUCGAAAAUGCAGACCAUCACCAAUGUUUACAUACUCAAUUUGGCUGUAGCUGAUGAGUGUUUUCUCAUUGGCAUACCGUUUCUCUUGCACACCAUAGUCAGUGGCAGCUGGCAGUUUGGCAAUUUCAUGUGUAAGGCGUAUAUGGUCAGCACAUCGAUAACACAAUUUACUUCGUCAAUAUUUUUACUAAUCAUGUCCGCCGAUCGCUAUAUAGCUGUAUGUCAUCCGAUCUCGUCGACGCAAUAUCGCACGCCACACGUUUCGAAAAUUGUAUCUGCCAUCGCUUGGCUUACAUCGGCUAUACUUAUGUUGCCAGUGAUCAUAUUUGCCGACACCGUUAGACAGAAUGAUAAUCAUAUCUCCUGUCACAUCAAGUGGCCCGAAUGGGGGCAUCACGAGACUGGCUUCACUUUCAUCAUGUAUGUCUUCACGCUGGGUUUCGCUACGCCACUCAUUUUCAUACUCUGCUUUUACUAUCUAGUCAUACGGAAAUUGCGUACUGUCGGCCCGCAGAAUAAGUCCAAAGAGAAGAAACGUUCCCACCGCAAAGUGACACGACUUGUCCUCACUGUUAUCACCGUGUAUAUACUCUGUUGGCUGCCCUUUUGGAUAUCACAGCUGGUGCUUAUCACCACUACGCCCAGUCCCUGUGCCACGCGCCUUCAAAUCGCCAUAUUUCUGCUUGUCGGCUGCCUCGGCUACUCCAACUCUGCCAUAAAUCCUUUCCUCUAUGCAUUUCUGAGUGAAAAUUUCAAAAAGAGCUUCCGCAAAGCAUUCGGCACCAUAACUGCUAUAUAUACGAAGAAGAAUUUCACAACGUCCAGUGGCACUGGUAUGCCCGUAUCAGCUGAGUUGCAUAGCAAGGAUACGAAUAUGUUCAGCAAGUUGGGCAAAAAAGGACGCAAACUAGCUGUAAUGCAUCAGCAUAAGCAAAAACAGAAAGAGGCACUGCUGGGCGCCGAUAGCAACACAACAAUGUUGGCUACCACCACGACUUACAGCACAGCGACAACCGCGACGACAAUGAACGCGCCCGAGCCGUCCGAAGUGCUACCAACGGAAAUUACAAAUGCCAAUCAGUGCGCGAACAGCUGUUACAAUGGUGAGUUGAUUAACGGCGAUAAGAUAACAGCUGAUACGGAUGCGCUGCGCACCGAGCGCGCGACGAGUGAGAUGGACAAGUUGAAGACAAAUGGCGUUGUUGCUGAAUGCUGGCACACAAAUGAAGCGCAGCGACCGCCAGUGUUUCAAACAGAUUUAUAA